AUGACAGGAAACGACGACUCAACUAAAAAAUCCAAGAAAUUUGCAGUAGGUGACCUACCUCCUUCUCCUACAACCAGUACAGGCAUGGUAGGCACUACAAAGAGACCCACACGACACCACGUCAAGAGACGCUCUAGUGGCCGAGUUCAUGUAUCGAAAUUGGCUCCUAUGGCACGAGCUCAUUCUGACGCGGAUACUGAAAAACCCAUCAAACGUACUCAGUCCAAUAAAUCGCUUUCUCGGUUAUCUACAGACCGUAAGCCUGUCGGACUGACACCUGCUGAGCCUCAUUCUCCCCCUACUACACCACCUAUGACAGAAACCAAUCAUAAACCUAAUUUCCACGUUUCACAUACAAUACCCGCUGCACCUAUAGAGCAACCUCUUUCUGUCACAGCCGAUGAUUUAGUGACACCUGAUAAAAAACCCCUUUUGAAAUCGCAGUUUGUGGAUAAAAAGACCACACUCUCCAAUGCUGCUGCUACGACUACUGGCAUGACUCGGACACAGCAGAAACUGUUGUUGCAGCGAGAACAGAGUCUGAUUCAUGAUGAGAAUCAUAUUGCUCAUCCUAAAAACAUGAUUCGCUUAACGCGCGAAAUGGAAAAGAUGGGCAGAGAGUAUCGCUGUGUGCGUAAAUACCAAGAUCCCAUGAUGGACAGUCUGAUACGAUGUCAACAACAAAAGAAGCCUCAUUUGCUUCAUCAGCGUACCAUGUCUUCUGCUCAACUAGCUCAGAAUGUAGUUCCACAUAUGGAACAAAGAAGACAGAUCUUACUAAAAGCAGCAUUACAGAAACAAAGGGAACAACAAGAACAACAGCAACAGCAACAGGAAGAAGAAGAGUCCUUAUUAGAUGGUCAUCGAUGGAGUGCAGGCAAUUUUAUCGAGCGUUUGUUCUAUGGUACUUUAUAA